GAUGCAAUUGUAUUGAUAUCACUGAAUGCCUCGAAAGAGCAUUUGAGUGGAUCUCUGGCUAAAUAUGCCGAACCUCUGGAGGCCUACAAACAGGCGAACCAUUCAUUUGAUAAGGAGGGAGGGGUUAUACCUCUGAUCAACAAUGCAGCCAAACGUCUGGUGUAUUCGCCGGUGGGAGCCGUCAAUCGAGACUACGAUGACGUCCGCCGAUUCAGUGAAGCCGCCUUCAAAGGCAUCAAAAGUGCUUUGAGUGCCGGCGCGAAGAACCCAUUGGUUGUCUUACCGACUGGUAAUGGCCUACAGAACUACAGCCUUUUCGAUGCGGCCACCAUUCUGGGCGCUUAUUAUGCUCUUUAUGUGCCUUUGGAGAUAAGAGAAGCGAUUCCUUCGAAGUCCAAGAAAUUGGAUUCAAUUAAUUUCACAAAUUUUGCGUCCACUGAAAGAACUCAAUCGACAUAUCGUUUGGCGAAUGCCAUCGAAAGCGGAAGAUCUGUGGCUCGAGAUAUCGGCGGAUCAGAUCCGGAGAGAAUGGCCGCACCCAAUGUCGCCGUUUAUGUGCAACAGUUGUUUCAAAACUCUGCGGUCAAAGUGAAUGUCAUCAGUGAUAUUAAACUACUCGAGAAAGACUACCCGUGUUUUGGUGCUGUCAAUCGGGCGUCUGUUGACAGACAUCAGGCGAGGGCUAUAUUCCUAAGUUACGAACCGACCGAAAAAGCUACUAAAACCUUGAUAUUUGUUGGAAAGGGAGUCACUUACGACACCGGAGGGGCUGACAUCAAAGCCGGU